AUGGAAGUGCUGGUAAACCAAAUGUUAAGUGCAAGGGAGAAGGUGGAAGAGCAAAAUGAAGAAACCCUUGAACUAGUUGAAGAUCCCCUUCAAAAAUCCAGAGAAUUGUUAAAAAGACAAGAACAACUCAUGGAGGAACAACAACAAUCCUGGAGAGAACAAGAAAUCCUUCUUCAGAAGAUGGAUGAGCAUUUGGAGAACAUAGGGAAACACUCAGAACCACUAAGCAAGGAAAAUGAAGACCAAUUGAUGGAUGUGAAGGAGAAAGUGGAAGAGCAAGAUAAGGAGGCUACUGUAUCAAGUGAACUUUCAAUGAAGAAUGAGGUGACCAAAAGGCUUGGAGGAAGGUUGAAGAAAGGGGAUGGCAGAAGGCAGCAAAACCACCCUGAGGGAAGCUCAAGUUUGUGCCAACGUUUGCCUCAAGCUUGA